AUGGCAGGAAUUCCAUUUGGUCCUUUUGCUCUGACACGAAUAGAUAAAACCAUUCAAGAUCCUGUUUGGGAAGCUGCAAAAUCUGAGAAGCAAAAAGUUCAACCGUCUGAGUACGAUCCGACUGGACAAUGGCCAAAUCAACCUCAUAUUGAGUUGUGGACUACAGAACUGCACUUUUGCGCACCUGUCUUCUCACAAGCAGAUGAGCUGCCACAAUUUCCUGUAGAAGGUGAAGGAGCCAUUACGCUAAUUACUUUUCUGUGUGGACCACAAGCAAGAGGUACUGUACGACUCUCGUCCAACGACACAACAAGCAAACCAAUCAUUGAUCAUGCUUAUCUUGAAAAUGAUCUCGAUGUAGCUGUACUUGCUGAAGGUUGUCGAAUUGGUGACGAAGUACUAAUGAAAGGUCGAGGAACGAAAGAUAUCAUUGCUGGUCUAUGGCCAAAAACAUUAUCGCAUCCAAAGAAUCUUGAUGAUUGGAAAAAGCAUGUGCGAGCCUUUGCUAAUACCUGCUAUCAUCCGAGUGGUACAUGUAAAAUGGCACCAAACAGUGACCCGAUGGGAGUGGUGGACAAUCGACUCCGUGUGCGGAACGUUGCGGGCUUACGAAUAGCGGAUGUAUCCAUUCUCCCUUUAGUAAAUAAUGGACAUACACAGGCUCCUGCAUAUGCCAUUGGCGAAAAAGUUGCACAUAUGAUUUUGGAAGACGCAACUAUUAGAAGUUAG